AUGAUUGCCUUACGAUUUGUCUUCGUUGCCGUAAUCGGUUUGAUAAGGGCGGACAGCUCCGAGUCAGCCGGCGUGAAAGCAGGAUGUAGUGCUGAAACUCCUGCAAACCUGGAUCAGUGUAAAAAAGCAAUCACUAAUAUCAAACUGGACAAUGGAAAACUUCCUGGGAAUGAACCCGAAAUAAGGGCUAUCUCAGACAGCUGUAGUAUUGUUGUCUUGAAUAGACAGCUGGUUAAAGAUGUUACCCCGGAUCAAAUAACAGAAGCUCUGAAUACCCAUUUCAAAAACUGUCCCAGCCAGGGUGGUUCAAUUGCCUUACUGGGUCACAAGGAUCGGGUCUUUUUACAGAUCAAAACACGCAACCCAGUUGGUUCAAAAGAUGAGGCAUUGAACGCAGAUGCUGAACUCAACAAGCCGUACUGCUCUCAGCCCAAAACACGGCCAUCAACUACCAGCUUUAGUGAUGAUUGCCUCGCAGCUUACAAGAAUUUCAGGGCCAAUCCUAAUACCGGGAUUUUGACUAUCCCGGGACCAAAAGGGUCACAAGUAAUCUCCGCAUCAUGCAUGAUACAAAUAACCACCACUGAUGGAACAGAAGCUAAAAUGUAA